AUGUCCCAGCACCUGCUCCUCUCACUUGUGAUCCUCGCCAUCAGUCCCAUCCCAGGAGCCUUACAGGACACAGCUGUCAGUCCUACCCAAGAGGAACCUGAAGAUCUGGACUGCGGGCGCCCUGAACCCUCUGCCCGCAUCAUGGGGGGUUCGGACGCGCAGCCCGGCACCUGGCCGUGGCAAGUGAGCCUGCAUCGGGGCGGGGGGCACAUCUGCGGGGGCUCCCUCAUCGCCCCCUCCUGGGUCCUCUCAGCUGCUCACUGUUUCGUGACGAACGGGACCCUGGAACCCGCGGCCGAGUGGUCGGCGCUGCUGGGCGCGCACUCGCAGGACGGGACCCCGGACGGUGCGCACGUGCGCGCGGUGGCCGCCAUCCUGGUGCCGGACAACUACAGCCGCGUGGAGCGGGGCGCCGACCUGGCCCUGCUGCGCCUGGCCGCGCCCGCCAAGCUGGGCCCAGCCGUGCGGCCCGUCUGCCUGCCGCGCGCCUCGCACCGCUUCGCUCACGGCACAGCUUGCUGGGCCACUGGCUGGGGCGACAUCCAGGAGGCGGACCCUCUGCCUCUUCCCUGGGUGCUACAGGAAGUGGAGCUAAUACUGCUGGGAGAGGCUGCCUGCCAGUGUCUUUACAGCCGGCCUGGCCCCUUCAACCUCACUUUCCAACUAUUGCCAGGGAUGCUGUGUGCUGGCUACCCAGAGGGCCGCAGGGACACCUGCCAGGGUGAUUCUGGGGGGCCUCUGGUCUGCGAGGAAGCCGGCCGCUGGUUCCAGGCAGGAAUCACCAGCUUUGGCUUCGGCUGUGGACGGAGGAACCGCCCCGGAGUCUUCACUGCUGUGGCUCCCUAUGAGGCAUGGAUACGGGAACACGUGAAGGGUCCCGAGCCUGGGCCUGCCUUUCCCUCCCAGCCCCAGGAGUCCCACUCAGGGCUCCAAGAGCUCAGGGAGAACUGCACCAUUGCCCUGCCAGAGUGCGGGAAGGCCCUGCAGCCAGGGACCUGGCCCUGGGAGGCCCGGGUGAUGGUGCCAGGGUCCAGACCCUGCCAUGGGGCGCUGGUGUCUGAAAGCUGGGUCUUGGCACCUGCCAGCUGUUUUCUGGAUCCGAUCAGCUCCGACCGACCGCCCCGCGACCUGGAUGCCUGGCGCGUGCUGCUGCCCUCGCGCCCGCGCGCGGAGCGGGUGGCGCGCCUGGUGCCACACGAGAACGCCUCGUGGGAAGACGCCUCGGACCUGGCGCUGCUGCAGCUCCGUGCGCCCGUGAACCUGAGCGCGGCCCCGCGGCCCGUAUGCCUACCUCAUCCAGAACACUACUUUCUGCCUGGGAGCCGCUGCCGCCUGGCUCGCUGGGGCCGCGGGGAGCCGGCGCCCGGCCUCAGCCCGCUGCUUGAGGCCGAGCUACUGGGCGGCUGGUGGUGUCACUGCCUGUACGGCCGCCAGGGGGUGCCGGUGCCGCUGCCGGGAGACCCGCCGCAUGCUCUCUGCCCGGUCUACCUGGAGGAGGAGGAGGCAGGCCGCUGCUGGAAUGACUCGCGUUGGAGCCUUCUGUGCCAGGAGGAGGGGACCUGGUUCCUGGCUGGAGUCAGGGGCUUCUCCACUGGCUGUCUGCGUCCCCGAGCCUUUUCCCCUCUGCAGACCCAUGGCCCGUGGAUCAGCCAUGUGACUCGGGGAGCCUACCUGGAGGACCAGCUAGCCUGGGACUGGGGCCCUGAGGGGGAGGAGACUGAGACACAGACAUGUCCCCCCCACACAGAGCAUGGUGCCUGUGGCCUGCGGCCAGAGGCUGCUCAGAUGGGAGUCCAGUGGCCCUGGCUGGCAGAGGUGCAUGUGGCUGGUGGUCGAGUCUGCACUGGGAUCCUCGUGGCCCCGGGUUGGGUCCUGGCAGCCACUCACUGUGUCCUCAGGCUGGGCUCUACAACAGUGCCUUACAUUGAAGUGUAUCUGGGCCGGGCGGGGACCAGCCCCCUCCCACAGGGCCACCAGUUAUCCCGGUUGGUCAUCAGUAUCCGCCUGCCCCGGCACCUGGGACUUAGUCCCCCCCUGGCCCUCCUGGAGCUGAGCUCCCAGGUGGAGCCCUCCCCAUCAGCCCUACCCAUCUGCCUCCACCCAGGGGGUGUCACCCUGGGGGCCAGCUGCUGGGUGCUGGGCUGGAAGAACCCCCAGGACCGAGUCCCUGUGGCUGCUGCUGUCACCAUCUUGACACCACGGCUCUGCCACUGCCUCUAUCAGGGCAUCCUGCCCCCUGGGACCCUCUGUGUCCUGUAUGCAGAGGGGCAGGAGGACAGGUGUGAGGUGACCUCAGCACCUCCCCUCCUGUGCCAGACUGAGGGAGGCUCCUGGGUCCUCACAGGCAUGGCUGUUCGAGGGAGCCGGGAGCUGUUUGCUGCCAUUGGUCCUGAAGAAGUCUGGAUCUCCCAAACAGUGGGGGAGGCCCACUUCCUGUCCCCUGGUGGCUCCCCCUACUGGCCCCCUGAAGGCAGCAACCUCUGCCACCCAGACAUAGCAGGGGCCUCGGGCUCCCCUCGGCCUGCUCUGUUCCUGCUGCUGCUCACUCCCCUGAUCCAGGGCUGAGAGGGCCUGGGUCCCUGGGCCACUUCCCCUUCUUCUCCCGCCCUCCACUUACCGCCCAGAGGGGCUGGAAUGUGGCCCAACCGGCUCGCUCCCAUGCCAGAGCCUCCAGAGGGCCCCACCCACCUAGACUGCA